AUGGCGUCUGCUGAUCUGAGAAAGGAGCUGGACUGUUCCAUCUGCCUGAGCAUUUAUACAGACCCAGUAACCCUGAGAUGUGGACACAACUUCUGCCGGGUCUGUAUUGAUCGUGUGCUGGAUACACAGGAGGGGUCUGGAGUUUAUUCCUGUCCUGACUGCAGAGCAGAGUGUCAGGAGCGUCCUGCACUGAUACAGAACAUUCCUCUGUGUAACAUAGUGAGGAGUUUCCAGUCUACUGAGCCAGAUCAGGAGGAGACUGAGAUCUUCUGCACUUACUGUGUGGACUCUCCUGUACCUGCUGCUAAAUCCUGUCUGCACUGUGAGGCUUCUCUGUGUGAGAAACACCUGAGAGUACACAGCAAGUCAGCAGAGCACGUCUUAUCUGAUCCCACCACUGCCCUGGGGAACAGGAAAUGCUGCGUCCAUAAGAAGAUCCUGGAGUAUUACUGCACUGAGGACGCUGCCUGUAUCUGUGUGACCUGCAGUUUGGCUGGAGAACAUCGGGGACACCAGGUGGAGUUGCUGGAUGUGGCCUCGGAGAAGAAGAAGAAGAAGAAAUUGAAACAUGUUCUGCAGAAACUGACCACAAAGAGAGUGGAGGCUGAGAAAAGAGUCCAGAGUCUGCAGGAGCGCAGGAUAAAUGAUCAGGAAAAAGCAGCUGGUGUAACAGAGAGAGUCACUGCCCUGUUUAGAGACAUCAGGAGACAACUGAAUGACCUGGAGAAGAGAGUCCUGAGUGAGAUAUCCAGGCAGGUACAGUGCGCCUCACUCCCAGUCUCGGAUCUGAUCCAGCAGCUGGAAAUACAGAAGGACGAGCUGUCCAGGGAGAUGCGUCGCAUUGAGGAGCUGUGUAAUGUGCCUGAUCCAGUGACUGUCUUACAGGAACCAGACACAGGAGACUGGUGUGAUGCUGAGGACAGAGAGAGACCUGAUAACCAGGACCGUGGUGUGGGAGAGCUGGAUGUGGGUCACUUAUCAGAGACAUUACACACAUUAUAUGAUAUAAUGAGCAGUAUAAAUGAAGGAAUCUAUGUCCAGGAUUCUACUGACAAAAAAACAGCAUCUGGUACAGAAUCAGACAAGGCAAUGUUUGUAAAGCCAGCGAGUAAUGCAGAAUCUGAUAUUAUGAUGACUGGUAUAAAAAUAGGACUCUAUGUGCACCACCCUACAACUAUAUUGCUGGACAUAAACACAGCUGCUAAUUAUAUACAUAUACCACAAUUUAGCAGUGCUAACUUUGCAAAUCCAUCUAAGCCUAUAGAACCAACCUGUGCAAGCUGGUCAGAUCAAACCCAGAAUCGUCCAGAUAAACCAGAGAGAUUUCAGAAUUAUAACCAGGUGUUAAGCACCACCAGCUUUUCCUCAGGGCGACAUUACUUGGUUAUGACUGUCAGUGGUUCAGGGUGGUGGAGUAUAGGGAUGAGCUAUCCCAGUAUAGACAGGAGAGGAGAUCAGUCACACAUUGGUUAUAAUGACAAGUCCUGGGCUUUGUGUAGGGAGUGUUAUAACCAGUGUUCAGCGAUACAUGGUGGGAAAGAGAUCUGUUUGUCUACCUUUCCCGGUAGUGUGGGGAUAUAUCUGGACUAUGAGGCUGGACAGCUGUCCUUUUAUGAUCCAUCUCAGCAGAUGAGACACACACCUUCACUGAGCCCCUUCAUGUAG